AUGGCCUGUAUCCUGACCGCUUUCUGGAAUCGUCUCUUACAGGAAAAGUGCAAGAAGAUCCUUGACAUUUGGGCCAAAUCGAAUACGUUCCCUUCCGCAGUACUAGGACGUCUGACGCAGUAUGUGAAGGGCGCUACAGAAAAAGAGCCCGACAAUGUAGUUGCUACUACCGCAGAACACCGACAACCUAUCUCAACAACCUCCAUAUCGCCCCCGCCCGCGGCACCACCCGCGGCGCCACUCCCUAACUCGCUGACCGGAGAGUCGGUCCAAUCCACGUUACUCGCACUGUUGAGUCAAGCCAAAAACGCAGUAGCUGCCGCCAACAAUGGCCAAAUAUCUUCAAACACAACCACGCUUGCACCUAUUUCAGGACCUGCGUUGGAUGCGAAUCAGCUUGCGCUGUUCCAGCAACUUACACAGGCAGCUAAACAGGGGAACGGGAUUUCUACACAGCCCAUAUCAUUACCUGUGUCAUUAGUCCCGUCCUCAUCUUCAACAAGUGCUAUACCUGUAGUGCCUCUUGACGAAAGUCGCCCACAGCCUCCGCCAUUUCGAGAUGAUCACAGCGGGUUCGAUCGUAGAGAACCACCUUAUAACUCGUAUGGCGGCCCAGACCGCCCUAGAGACCGUGAUGAUUAUUACGAUGAUCGCCGCCCCCACAGAGGAGGCUUCAGAGGCAGCCAUCGCGGUCGCGGUCGUGGAAGAUGGGACGAUCGCGACAGGCACAGAGACCGCGGCCGAAACCGGGAAUGGAACUCUCCUCCUAGGGGAAGAGAUAGCCGCUCUCGAAGUCCUCCUAGUAGAUACGGCGGAAGGAGAGAUCCCAAGCCAUACAGCCCUCGGAGACACUCCGUCUCGCAGGGCGACAGGUACAGGACUAAUCCGGCAGGGCCUCCUGGCGCUCCCGACGGGUCGGUGGGAAAAGACGAGUUUGGGCGAGAUGUCAGGAUGGAGUCACCAGCUACCGGAUCUGAUUCUACACCUACAGGAAAUGGAAGAGGACACCAAUUUUCCUGCCCGCCCGGACCUUCAUCGUUUGCAGCUGUAGAACAAGGGAGUUCCACGUUUUCCGUUUCGGAUAAACAAUCGCCGCGACGUGAAACGUCGACACCACACUCACCACCCAUUAAAAAAUCCGACAUAUCCGUUCAGUCCCAACAGAAGGGAGGACUAGAUUCAUUCGAUAUGUCUACUUUUGAUCCUUCGUCAGCUGCAUCUUGGGAGGCACUUGGGGAUGCUUGGAUUGCUACGCACGGAUACCCACCGUCACAUACUGAAGUGAUGCAAUUCAUGCUAGCCUCUAUGGGAGAUUUCCCCGUACCUAAUGAGCAAACUGGCCAGUGGCCCGCACAGGAAAAUGAUUGGAACGACUCGAGUUGGCGCCAGCCCAAUCAGGGUCCUUGGCGGGGUGGCAGGGAACGUGGAGGCAAAGGGCGUGGAGGCGGUGACUAUGGACACGGCAACGGCCGGGGUGCGGGUUUUGGGGGGACGCGAGUUUACGAGGAGCCAGAUGAAAGAGGCAUUCAUUAUGGCGCGGAUUAUGACACAAAUAUCGAUUCAUGGCAAGUCCCAACCGUAGAGCACGCCGACCUGUUAGCACCUGGUAAGGGGGGUUCAGACGACGGACAAGGUGGGAUGCCCGGGUUAGGAGGAAGCACAAGUACGGGUAAGAUGCAAAAGGUUGGCGAUAAAUGGGUCUUUGUUCGGACUGAAGCCUCGUAA